UAAACUUGGACAAGCAAGGGGAGAGAAGAAUUUUGCCUGAGUGUGGUGUGUCUGAAUGUUGUGUUCUCUGUGUGAAGGAGCACUGCCAGGUCUGCAGCUCAUCUGAGAUACAUUAAACUCCAGGAGAAGAGCGAUCCACUGCAAUCUGGCUGCGCUGACGCUCCACUCAAGGUUUCUUUUUGCUGUCAGAGGUACACCCACCCAUACAUGUAGCUGCAGCUCCUCCAAGAGACUGUUUUUGUCUCCUUAAGCCACAAUAUUUUCCAGACUCUAGAGAGCAAGAUUGGAGGGAAGACAGAUCAAGGUUCCCGAAGACGUCUCUGUAAUAAGUUGGGUUUAAAGGGUUGUCAGUGUGGCGCCUAUUUUCAAAGGAGAAAUCCACGACUUCAAACGAAACAUCAGCCGUAUCGGUCCCCUCGGCGUGUGCUGUGCAGGGUUCAAGGACAAGUGAGCAGCGUUCACACAAAUACAGGAAACACCUGAAGAUUUUCCAAGGUUCCGCUACAGGAAAUACAGCUCCAAGCUACAGACAUAACUCUGACUCUGAUUUCUCCAAGAAGCUCCCUAUCAUCUUAUUAACCAAUCAACAUGUCACGCUGGGGGCGGAAAAAUGUGAAGAAGGCGCCUGAGGUGAUCCGCACUGUGACAGAAGGGCUGAAGUCCCUUUAUCGCAAGAAGCUGCUGCCUCUGGAGCAGUAUUAUGGUUUCCAUGACUUCCACUCUCCCAGUCUGGAGGAUGCAGACUUUGACAACAAGCCCAUGGUGCUGGUGGUGGGACAGUACUCCACCGGAAAGACAACAUUCAUCAAGUAUCUGCUGGAGCAGGAUAUUCCAGGGAGCAGAGUGGGUCCUGAACCCACCACCGACUGCUUCACUGCCGUCAUGCACGGGGAGGUGGAGGGAGUCAUCCCAGGGAAUGCCCUUAUCGUAGACCCCAACAAGCCUUUCCGUAAACUCAACCCAUUUGGAAACACCUUCCUCAACAGAUUCCAGUGUGCCCAGAUGCCCAACCAGGUCCUGGAGAGCAUCAGUAUUAUUGACACACCGGGGAUCCUGUCCGGGGCCAAACAGAGAGUGAGCCGAGGUGAGCGAAGUAACAAAGGCUAUGACUUCCCAGCUGUGCUGCGCUGGUUUGCUGAACGUGUCGACCGCAUCAUCCUGCUGUUUGACGCCCACAAACUGGAGAUAUCGGAUGAAUUCUCCGAGGCCAUCGGAGCCCUGAAAGGCAACGAGGACAAGCUGCGAGUGGUGCUCAACAAGGCCGACAUGGUGGGAACCCAGCAGCUGAUGAGGGUCUACGGCGCCCUGAUGUGGUCCCUGGGGAAGGUGUUCGGCACCCCGGAAGUUCUGCGCGUCUACAUCGGAUCCUUCUGGUCGGAGCCGCUGCUGGUCACAGAUAACCGUAAGCUGUUUGAGCUGGAGGAGGAGGAUCUGUUCGCUGACAUUCAGAACCUCCCUCGCAAUGCAGCUUUACGCAAACUCAACGACCUGGUCAAGAGGGCACGUCUGGUCAGGGUCCACGCACACAUCAUCAGCUAUCUGAAGCAGGAGAUGCCUUCUGUGUUCAGGAAGGACAAUAAAAAGAAGAAUCUGAUCUACCAGCUGCCAGUUAUUUUCUCCAAGAUCCAGCUGCAGCACAACAUCUCUGCUGGAGAUUUUCCAGACUGUGCGAAGAUGCAGGAACAACUGAUGGUUCAUGACUUCACCAAGUUCAAAACCCUGAAGCCGAAUCUUAUGGCGGCCCUGGAUGAGCUGCUGUCCGCCGACAUCGCCAAACUGAUGCCCCUCCUAAGGCAAGAGGAGCUGGAGGCCGGAGAGCAACCCGGCGUUCAGGGCGGCGCCUUCAUGGGAACCCGAGCCGGACCGUUCACAGAGGGCGACCCCUUCACCGAGGAGAACGGAGAGGGAUGCGAGGAGGAGCUGGAUUGGGUGGUAACCAAAGACAAGCCCAAAUACGACGAAAUCUUCUACAACCUCGCUCCGAAUGAGGGGAAACUGAGCGGCACCAAGGCCAAGGACUGGAUGGUGAGCUCCCGCCUGCCCAACUCUGUGCUGGGCCGCAUCUGGAAGCUGUCCGACGUGGACCGCGACGGCAUGCUGGAUGAUGAAGAGUUCGCCCUGGCCAGCCACCUGAUUGAGGUGAAGCUGGAGGGUCACGGUCUACCACCUGAGCUGCCAAACCGCCUGAUCCCACCGUCCAAACGCAGGCAGAAGGGCUCUGAUGCAUAGACAUGUCACAAAAUCCCUGCAGCUGAAAGAGAUUCUCCUUCUCUACUGGCUGCCACACUUAUGCUACUGUUUGUAUUUGCUCUUAUUUCCCUCCCCAGACCCAUGUCCAAAUGUUGUAUGUGAUACAACUCUUCCUCUGAGACUGAUUUUAGUCUUGCACAAUGGAACAUACUGUAUUUAAGUGUAAGUCAUACGUUUGAGGCUAUAACAAGGGUUUGCUGCAAAUGUGUAUUAAAAUUCACACGGGUCUGGUUGCUUCUUUUUCCUUUUUGCACCUCAAAGUUUGCUUUACUAUGAUGAGCUUUUAGAAAUAUAUCUACUUGUGUUUGCUGAGAAGAAGUAAAAGUUAAGGCCGGCGCCCUCUAAGUGAGCAGUAUUCAGUGUGUAUUUGAGAGAAUACAGAGCAAAACCUUCCUGUAUUAAAACAUUCCUUUGGAGACUGGUGGCAUGGAGCUAAUUUGCAGGAUUUUCAGUGAGGGUGUCAUCUAUAAUGUGUGUAUUUUUGCUCAAAUGAUUUGUUUAUAGCAUUUUCUACUUAAAGUAGCAGCACAAAUGUAAUCACUCGAACGCAUUUCACUUUUGACGCUUUAAACGCCACGUUUUUGUGCUGACUUUAUAUAUUAUUUUUGUAAUUGUUGCUGUUGUUUUGUAUGUGCAGGAGCAUAAACCUCAGUUGCGUAAAAGAACAUUAAAUUCUGAGACCUGAGAACUUUUCAUCUAGACUGAAUGACUGAUAUAUUACUGACUACUGUACACAGCUCCACCAACUGUUCUUAUGUUAACUUUUAUGUAACCAAAUAAAACUCCAAUGACUGUG